CAUUUUCCAUUGAUCAAUCUCAAUCCUUUUUUUUUUGGACUCGUGCGAGAUAAAGGGCAUUUUUAAUGUAGGCUAUUCAUAUUUUUGACACACAUUUUAUACUCUGCUGCUGUACGUGUCUGUCAUAUCCACUUUAGAGUUUAGAUGUAAGCCUAUUGCAGGCUACUUGCUGUGAUACUGCGAUCCAAGCAUACUGCUGAUGACGUAACAGGGCAACAUUACUUCACCAAAGCAUUCAGAUUACUGUUACUGAAAGUUCAGUGGCAUGAAAAGAUGAAGACUGAAAAGAUGCAGAGAGGGAGAGGAGAGGAUGCAGCUCCCACUGAAGCUUUUCGUGCGUGCUGGUGAGCGAGCGUGGAGCAGAGCGCGCGGAGAGCGCCCACGCAACACUUUCACGUGCUGCAAAGCUUUUUCAGUGCGACGCAUCAUCAAUCAGGAGCCGCUUUAUCUUCUGCUUUAAUAUGAACUGAAAAAUACAAAACAAAACAGUUUUAUAUAAAUUAAAUAGAAACUGAAAAGACAUCCCACUCAGAUGGACUAUAAUGUGAUGAAAAUUUGUACACGAGCCGAUUUCUGCUGACUGAAAGGGCAAAGAAGACACGGGAUGAUCUAUGCACGCCAUUAACUGCCAGCACUGGAGUUAACAGAGACUGUGAUGUCCUCAACCCAAAAACCGCAGAUUCGAAUAAUAUGGAACGUGACAGGGACCUGACAAACUAUUCUUGAGUUGUAUUUGCCGUGGAUAUAUUCUACCACAAAUGUCAGUGCGAGGGCAGAAGAUAUUUGAAGAUGAAACCUUAUGUCACCUCUCACUUUAGAAAUGUUCUUUUUCUUUUGAGUGUGAUAUUUUCUUAUUUCAUCCUUGAAUAUGUUCCUGUUCAAGUGGGCUUUUCAUGACUAGACACCGUUUUUAAAGAUUAUCUUUUCUAUCACGUUCAUUAAGCCUCGAACUACAGGUUCCUCAAAGGAGGUAUAUGAAAAGGAACAUUUCACCAGUUGCACGUGUUUUGUUGAUGACCAAACUGGACUGAAGAUCUCAAAGCAUCGCCUAGCUUUUUUAAGCUUUUGGAGAGAUCAAAGUGAACCAAACAGGUCAUAAUUCAUCUCACUCUAAACCUCUUACUAUUGUAAUGUGUGCACUAUAGUAAUUCAGUAAUAGAACUUCAAUCAAGAGUUUUCUAGAGCAAAAUGUCCCUUUCUUUUGGAGAACCGGGCUCUUGGUGUGAGACUGGAAAAUCUGCUGAAGCCAGACUGGAGAUGGAAACAUGACUGUGACAGAAUGUCACUUCUGACUGUUUGAAUUGUUUUGAUGUCUAAUAUGAUUGAGAAAUGGACUUGUUCUGUUCCAGAGAUAUAUUUGCUCAAUAUUGAAGGCAAAGAGGUCACAUUUGUGAAGUAUUAGGAAAUGUUGACUAGUUUUCAUAUUAAUUGCACAUCUCUCUUGUGUCUUUAAACAUCUCACUAUUUAAAUAAGGAACGCUGAAGAGGUCCUAAAGAGAAAGAUUGGUCUGUAUAUGCAUGCUGUUAUUUAUUACACACAUAUGUUCUAGACAGUUUAAUGCAUGUUCUUUUCAGUUUCCCUCUGUAUGUUCCCUCAGCUUAAGACUGAGGCUUGUUUAUGUUUUUCCUUCAUGUUAUGUAAGUUCAGUUUUCCUUCAUCCUUCUGCUCUGCCUGAGCUUCGCCUUGUUUGUUUGUGCCUUUUAGUUUCUCACUUUCUUAUGAAGCUGCUAUAUGUUACGCAUAGACCUAAAGCAGCACAGUUUUCCUCUGUCUAGUCUCUGCCCACCACCUAACCUUAGCAAAACUACUGCUAAAGCUGAGAAACUGCAUUGAAACUGGAUUUUGUUUUCUUUAUUUACUGCAUCUAACAACUUUGGAACUUUGCGUUCAUCAAAAUUGUCCAGGAAUACUGGUUUAUUAAUAGCAGACAGUGGACGGACCACUCAAGUGGAGACUCUUUGAUGAUGUCAGAGAUGAUCUCUAAUGCGAUUGUGUUCCGUCUCUGGGCAACGAUUGGCUGCCGGGAUCUGAAUGAUAAUACGGUCUCUUUCAGGCCAUAAGCCUCGCUGUGGAAUACAGUCUACAACUCAUAGUUUGUAUAUAUAUCAUUGCAUCCGUAUUUUUUAUCCAUUUUGACCCUGGAUUUAUCUGGCAAAGCUUCAUUUUUCCCGAACAUUUUGUAGUCACCUUGCGGUCACCAAUAAUGGGGGCUGCUCGGGUAAAGAGGCGCUUCAGUGUGGUUGUGGACACCCCGCUGGACGAGGAGGAAGUCAUGAGGCUGGCGCAGAGUGAUGAAAUCACUUCCUCCCAGUCGGACACACUUCCGUCGCCCGACUGCAAUGGCAAAGUGCUCAACCUUCACCAUAGCAAUGGAGGAAGGAGCAGAGAGAGGGAUGAGGAUGAUGCGGAGGAUGACGAUGAUGAUGAUGAUGAAGAAGGGGGAGGGAGGAUAGGAGGAGGAGGAGGAGGGCGUGGCCCGGCGCUCAGGGGGGAGUCUGGGGCAGAAGGGAGGUGGGAGAGGAGCAAGAGAAAGUCCUCGUGUUCCCUCUCGCCCUCGCCGCCCCAUGAACGCCGCGGCCAGUCCCGCCGGCCCCGACGGCGCUUUGUAGGCAAGGACGGGCGCUGCAACGUCACCUUCGUCAACAUGAGCGAAAGGGGCCAGCGCUACCUCACCGACCUCUUCACCACCUGCGUGGACAUCCGCUGGCGCUGGAUGCUCGUGGUGUUCACCCUCUCCUUCUUGCUCUCCUGGCUUCUCUUUGGUUUCACGUUCUGGCUCAUCGCCGCCGCUCACGGGGAUCUGGCGCCCCCGGCAUCAUCUUCCUCUUCUCCUUCGUCUGUUUCCUCCUCGCUGGCUCCUCUGGCAGAGACAGAGGAACACUGCUUUCAGCAGGUGAACAGUUUCAUGGCGGCGUUCCUCUUCUCUCUGGAGACGCAGACGUCUAUAGGAUACGGCUUCCGGAGCGUUACCGAGGCCUGCCCCCUGGCGGUGCUUGCUGUCGUGUUGCAGUGCAUUGUGGGCUGCAUCAUCGACGCUUUCAUCAUUGGGGCGGUAAUGGCUAAGAUCGCCAAGCCCAAGAAGCGCAAUGAGACACUGGUGUUCUCGGAUGUGGCCGUGGUGGCCAUGAGGGACGGGAAACUCUGUAUGAUGUGGCGAGUGGGAAACUUGCGCAAGAGCCACCUGGUGGAGGCCCAUGUACGAGCACAGAUACUGAAGCCACGGUUGACCCCUGAGGGUGAGUUCCUGCCAUUGGACAAUGCAGACCUCAAUGUCGGCUUUGACACAGGAACAGAUCGUAUCGUUUUGGUGUCACCUGUGACAAUUGUGCACGAAAUUAAUGAGGAGAGCCCUUUCUUUGAGGUGGACAAACAUACACUAGAGGAAGACAAAGAUAUGGAAGUGGUGGUGAUUCUGGAGGGCAUGGUGGAGGCCACUGCCAUGACAACCCAAUGCCGGUCUUCAUACCUGGCCUCUGAGAUCCUCUGGGGUCAUCGCUUUGAACCUGUGCUCUAUGAAAGGAAGAACUGCUACCAGGUGGACUACUCAUACUUCAACAGGACUUACGAGGUCCCGGACACGCCCACCUGCAGUGCUAAAGAGUUAGCCGAGAAAAAGUACAUCUUGGUCUCCCGUUCCUCCUUCUGUUAUGAGAAUGAGGUGGCUCUGCAGCUCUCCCCCUCUGUCCCUCCCUGCCCUGACCAGUUUUCUCCAUCCCCCUGUUCUUCCCCCUCUCCCUCACCCUCUUUCGUUCGGCCCACACCACCAUCUCGACAAGACUCCUGCAGUGAGCACCCACACGUACACUGAGCCACAUGGCUUGGAUGAAAGGGCACAGGGGAAAGCAGCGGUCAAAGAAAGAAAGGGAAAGGGUCAGGAUGGAGAGAGGAGUUGGAAGCAGGGGUCGGGAGAAAGUGAGAGAACCAGCUAAUGGACAAAGAGCUGGAAAGACAGAUUUGGACAGGGGACUAAGGCAAAGAGGACCGUAAAGGGACAAUGUAGGACUGAUUAAUGACAAUAGGUCAUGCAUAGGAUGGGCUGAGAGAAGACAGAAUGCACAAAAGAUGGAGAAUAGAAGAGGGAAAGGGGCCUCUCACCACCUGGGAGAAGAGAACAAAAGAGCAAGAUAGCAAGACAGUGGGGUGAAUUCACUAAUCGGUUGCACUAGUGCAGUAUUUCUGCAUGUGUCUUCUUCACUUACCCCUGUAAUCCUGUUUUAUCAGAUGCCAUCAAAGUAUCUUUCAAAGCAAGUCAAUUCAGGUGGCCAUCUUGGAAACACAGCUAUUUUAGUCAUACAUAGGUUCUAUCAAAUUGGGUAGGGAAACAUUGAAGUCUCAGUAAAAUCAGCAAUAUAUUCUGACAUGAAUGAUAUCAUAAACUUAUAGUAUAUUACUAAAAAAAACUAUAUUUUAGGUUGGUCCAGCUAAAAGAGCACUUUAGGAAUGAUAUUUCUGUCAUGACAACUCUUGGAGUUGGUAAUGUACAUGUAAAUGUAUUUGGUCUUGGCG